AAAAAAAAGUAUAAAUAAAUUCGUACAAUGUGGAAGACGAAACAGAGCUUUGUACGCAAUCAUGCAUUUGACCCCAAAAGUGACUGCAACCCUAGCACCGGCACCGGCACACAAUGACGCAACAGCAGAUCUGGUAGGUGCGCACGCUGAUCGCUUGCUACAAGAUUCCUCUAGGAACAGCACCGCUUCUUACAGAACAACGUAAUUCAUGCGCCUUGAAGAAUUUGUAGUGAAAUACCUCCCCCAUUUCAAAUUAUAAGAUGUUUGAAUAUUUCAAUAUAGACUAAGUACCUACUGAAAUGAAUGAACAAACACAGUAAAAAGCAUCUAUAUACAUUUGAUUCAGAAAAGUUAGAACAUCUUAUAAUUCGAAACGGAGGGAGUACCAACAGCAAAGAUCCAUGUAACACUUUCAGCCAAACCAUUUAACGAAAAUCCUUCGGGGUAGGACUUCCAAUAUAGAUUUCUAGUCUCUAUACACUAUUGAGAGUGACCGAUGGUAGAGAAAAUGUAUGCAAUCCAUAUUUUAACUCUGCUUUGGCAAAAAAAAAUUGUCAAAUUACUUUAUGAACCCAUGUGAAGUUAAAAGCAAACAGACAGGUAAUAUUAUUAUCCAAUCAAUGGCCAGCAGGUACGUUACGUACGUACCUCCAUUGCUAUAGCUUUUAGGUGAGAGGUCGUCCUCAGCUAGCUUUCUUGCAGGCUUGAAACAAUGGAGACACAUCAAGCCUGCACCAAAUAUAUUGCUUUUUCAUUUAUUUUUGGAUAACCUCACCUGCAAUUCUACCAGAACAAAGACAUGCAUUGACCACUGUUAGAUCCUGCGAUUUGUGAGCAUGCCAAACUACUUGUUUUAUAUACAAAGGUAUAUAUUACGUACGGGCCGUGAGGUCAAAUCACAUCAAUAGCAAACACUCAUGCACGAUGAACCAAUGACGCGGCGCAAAAUACGGAAAAGAGCUAGGUCAAAAGUUAUAAUUCUCUAGGCACUCGAAGUAUAUAUAGAGAUACGUCAUAUCAUACACGACUAUACACAAAGAGAGUGACCUUAACAUGUGGCUUUCCGGUGAAAAAUCUUAGUCAACAGAUUCAUACCUUUUCUUAUCCUAAACAGGGUGGGUGGUGAUCACACAUAUUUACGCUUACUAUCGUCGGCAAAUCAAUGUCCUUAACUUCUGUGUAAAGCUCAAGUAAUCCUGGUUCAUUUUGACAGUGCUGUCAAGCAACAAAAUUAAGAGUGUUAAGCCAAGUCAGAGCUUGUGACCUAAUUUGGGAUCAAAUAUUGUUUUUCUUGCAAUAAUUGUAUACAAUCAUUUCACUAUCUAAACACCUAAGCUUUAGCUGCAUAUAUAUAUGGCACCUCUUAAGUUGCACCUUGCAACCUGCAUCAAAUAAACUAGAUUGAACCAACACAGGAGGCAUAAUUCUUUGGGGUUCAAGGCGCACACAUGGUUUUAAAGCCCUUCUCCAAAUCCCUCCUUGCCUUCUACCGCUUACUUCGCCGAAGGUUAGGGAAUCCGCUAGGCCAGUACCAUCACCUUCAAAGCUCGAGCGGCAUAUCUACCUGUCCUAAGAUCAUCCAGACAUGUUUGCGAGUGCCACAAGAUAAUGAACACCUCCGGAACAAAACUCUAGUCCUAGAUGUUGAAGGAGGUCUCCUGAGGUCUACAUCUACCUUCCCUUAUUUCAUGCUUAUUGCAAUAGAGGCAGGUAGUUUCCUAAGAGGCUUCAUCCUACUAUGCCUCUACCCUUUGCUAUGUUGCCUGCCUCAAGAAGUAGAAACAAAGAUCAUGGUCAUCGUGUGCUUCGUGGGGUUAAGGGAGGAGAAGGUGGUUAGGGUUGCGCGGGCUACUUUGCCCAAGUAUUUCCUAGAGGAUGUGGGGAGGGAAGGACUUGAGGUGGUGAGAGGGGUAAAGAGGGUGGCAGGGGUUUGUAGGUUGAUCCCUAGGGUUAUGGCGGAAGCAUUUCUUAAGGAGUAUACAGGAUUUGAAGUGGUUGUGGGAAGGGAGGUGAAGAUGAUAAGAGGGUGUUAUGUUGGUUUAUUGGGAAAGGAGAGUGAAGCAAGGCUAGGGCAGGCAAAGUUCGACCAAAACGAGAUGAUAGGGUUUGGAAGCAGCUCAAACUAUUUUGACUAUGAUCAUCACCAGCUUUUCUCUCGGUGCAAGGAAGUACACUUGGUGACACGAGAAGAUAAGAGAAAAUGGUCACCCUUGACAAGGGACCAGUACCCAAGACCCUUGAUCUUCCAUGAUGGCAGGCUAGCCUUUAGGCCUACCCCUCAAGCCACCCUAGCCAUGUUCAUGUGGCUCCCACUUGCCCUCCCUCUCACCGUGCUCCGAACACUAAUCUUUGUGAAACUACCAUAUUCUAUCUCCGUCGCAAUUGGGGCUGUAAUAGGAGUAACGACCCGGGUCAUCAACUCACCGGUCCACAUUGGUCAAGUGGGCUGUGAUGAACCACAUGCCCAGCCCAGCCCACAGGGCCACCUUUACGUGUGCAACCACCGCACACUUCUCGACCCGGUGUACAUCUCGGCAAUGCUGAACAAGCAGGUGUCAACCGUCACAUACAGUGUCAGCCGUGUAAGUGAGCUCCUAUCGCCAAUCGGGACUGUCCGGCUGACCCGAAACAGAGAUGAGGACCGGAGGAGGAUGGAGCAGUCACUGAGGCAGGGGGACCUGGUGGUCUGCCCUGAGGGGACCACAUGCCGGGAGCCAUACCUGCUCCGCUUCAGCCCUCUGUUUGUCGAACUCGUUGAUGAGGUCUACCCAGUGGCACUGGUGAACUGGUCCAGCAUGUUUCACGGCACCUCCACUGGCAAUUUCAAGUAUCUAGACCACUUCUACUACUUCAUGAACCCACGCCCAGCGUAUGAUGUUCAGUUCAUGGACAAGAUUCCAACAAGGAUGGCGAUCCAAGGGAAGAGAUGCGAGAGCAAAGAGGUGGCCAAUCUGGUGCAAGGUGAGAUUGGUAGGACUCUUGGGUUUCGAUCCACCACACUCACCCGUAAGGACAAGUACUUGAGGCUGGCAGGAAAUGAAGGGUUUGCUGAUACAAAGCAGUGAAGUCUACUGUGAACAUAAGACGUUGCUGGCUCUUGCUCGCAAGAUAACAUAUGUUCGUAAUACAGUACAACAUUUAAGAUCUUAUAGAUUGCUUUUAAGUUGUGCAUAAUGUUAUGACUACCUUUGUUGGACCACUAAGAAAACUUGUGAAUGUACCAAAAUAAGAAGCAUAUGUUAAUGCUAGUAUGCUCGUUAUGUAUUAGUCAGUUCAUGCACUUGAUAAAUGCAGAUCUUUUAUGCA